AUGUCCUUGUGGAGCUCGGACCUAAAUCAGAAGGCCGAGCUAAAUUUUCAGCAGUCUUUAAGCAGGCGGUUGGAGAAGGGAGUUGAGUGCAUUAGCUCGAACCACUGCACUGAGGUCGAGGUCCUAGACCUCAACCCAACCACCGAUGCCGAGGAGGUCAAAGCGGCCGUUCAAAGCUACUUCAAAAUUAGCCGUGUAGUAGAGAUAAAGGUCAGCCUCACGCAAAGACCCUUCAGAGGUAAUCUGAAGGCUUUCGAAGAGCUGAUAGAAGAGUUGGCGGGGAGAUUGUUACGCACAGGACAUCUGAAGGUGGCGCGGGUGUCUUGUCGCGUACAAAAGAAGACAGAAAGUGUACGCUGCUACCGCUGUCUAGGCUUCAACCACAUGGCAGCUGGUUGUGAGAGCCCCGACCGAAACAAAGUAUGUUGGAGAUGUGGCAAGGAGGGACACAGGGCUGCGUCUUGCGAAAAUACGCUGCAGUGCUAUCUGUGUGCCAAUAAAGAAGGAAAUCCCCGGACACAUCACCAUCCGGGGACGAUAAGGGGUUCAACGUUCAGGGAGGCGGCUUCCUCAAAGAAGCCUACCGGACGUUCAAGGUAA